ACCCCGUCUAAUAAGAAGUGAACAGAACUGAGACCAAACAGAACAUAUUGAAUAAACAUUUAAAUCCUGAUACUUCAGGUGGCAUGGAGGGCCACAAAAUUGAAGUUAUCCUGUUUCCUGGCAUGGGGUCAAACUUUCAAAGACACUGGGUACAGUGGCUCAUGCCUGUAAUCCCAGCACUUUAGGAGGCCGAGGCAGGAGGAUUGCCUGAGCUCAGGAAUUCAAGACAGCCUGGGCAACAAAACGAGACUCCGUCUCUACAAAAAUAAAUAAUUAGCCCACUGUGGUGGAGCAUUUGUAGUACCAUCUACUCGGGAGGUUGAGCAGGAAGGAUCCCUUGAGCCCAGGAGUCCGAGGCUUGCAGUGAGCUGAGAUCACACCACUGCACUCCAGCCUGGGUGACAGCAAGCAAGACCUGGUCUAUUAAAAACAAGAAAGAAAAGAAAGAAAGAAAAAGAAAACUUUAAGGGGUCUAAUUUCUUCCCUUUUCCAUUCUCCCUUUGUCAGGUAGGAGAAGGGAGUGUGGAGUGACCGGACCUGGAAAGGGUAGCUAUAGUAUUGACCCCUUUCCUUUAAACAUCCUACGCCAGCACAGAUUUCCCAGACGCUCUCUAGGUGGCCUCAGACUCCACCCCUUUUGUCUUCCGGUUCUGCCUUCCGACUGUAGUGUUUAAAUCUCGCGCGCUUUACAAGGAUUGGCUACAUCAGCGGGUGUUUUGCCGUCUGCGUGCUACCCCGCCUCCUCGCCUUUUCUCCCCGGGCAAAAGGUUUUCAAAUUCGACCAAUCAGCGGGCGCGCUCCCUCAGCCGAGGCGCGACAGCCAAGGGUUAACCGCAACCAACCGGAGGCGGGUAUUGGAGAAAAGAGCCAAUCAGGAGGGCGCAGAGGUGUGUCCUGGGGGCUUAUAAAGGCGGCCUCACGGCGCGCGCGCGACAGCAGUUACACUGCGGCGGGCUUCUGUUGGGGUGUCUCUGAACCGUUGUACUUCACCGGUCUACCUCGCUAGCAUGUCGGGCCGCGGCAAGACUGGCGGCAAGGCCCGCGCCAAGGCCAAGUCGCGCUCAUCGCGCGCCGGCCUCCAGUUCCCAGUGGGCCGUGUACACCGGCUGCUGCGGAAGGGCCACUACGCCGAGCGCGUUGGCGCCGGCGCGCCGGUGUACCUGGCGGCAGUGCUGGAGUACCUCACCGCUGAGAUCCUGGAGCUGGCGGGCAAUGCGGCCCGCGACAACAAGAAGACGCGAAUCAUCCCCCGCCACCUGCAGCUGGCCAUCCGCAACGACGAGGAGCUCAACAAGCUGCUGGGCGGCGUGACGAUCGCCCAGGGAGGCGUCCUGCCCAACAUCCAGGCCGUGCUGUUGCCCAAGAAGACCAGCGCCACCGUGGGGCCGAAGGCGCCCUCGGGCGGCAAGAAGGCCACCCAGGCCUCCCAGGAGUACUAAGAGGGCCCGCGCCGCGGCCGGCCGCCAGGCCUCCCCAUGCCACCACAAAGGCCCUUUUAAGGGCCACCACCGCCCUCAUGGAAAGAGCUGAGCCACUUCAGACUGCGGGGCAAGCGGGCCGCGGCUCCCGGCUCCUUUCCCCUCCCAUCGCCCGCCUUUGCCGCCCGGCCUCGAGUCCCCGCCCGCCCCCCUCCUGGCCUGCACCGCCUGCCGCGUCGGCCUCGGGCCCUGCCCCAUCCGCCGGCCGCCCUCCGGUAGGGCUCGGGCCCUCUGGACGCGGCUUGGGCACUCUUCGGGGACCACCGUGGCGCGGAGGACCCGAGCCUGCCGGGGGGAGGCCGGCGGCGCCGCACCUGCCCGCCUCGGCGCUCGUGACUCAGCCAGCUGCCCCAUCCUGAGUCGCUAAGGGGCUGCGGGGAGGCCGCAGCACCUUCUGGAAGACUUGGCCUUCCGCUCUGACGCAGGGCCGAGGUGGGCAGUCCAGGCCGAGAGGCCGGCGGCCCUGAAGGUCUGCGCUGGGGCCGGGACGAAGCACUUGGUGACAGGCACAUCUUCCUCCCGAGUGACUGCCUCCUACGGGGACAUUUAGGGGAGGGCAGAGGCCUGCAGUUUGGCUUCACGGCUGGCUAUGUGGACAGCAAGAGUCGUUUUCGCGGAAGCCGACUGGCAGCCAAGCCUGUCGGGCCUCCCCAUUUCCCUUCCAGCAAACUCAACUCGGCAAUCCAAGCACCUAGAUACCAGCACAAGUCGGUUAAUCCCUGUCUGGACUGAGCCUCCGUUGGCUUCCGAACUGGAAUUUUGCAGCUAACCCUUCCAAGACUAGAACCUUAGGCAUUGGGGAGUUUUAGAUGAACUAAUUUUAUUAAAGGAUUGUUUUU